UCCUCAGUCAGGAGCACGUCACUGUGUGUAGCGGACGGUAUCUCUGCUGUCACGGUGUAACAAUCCUUGUGCCACGAACAAUGUGCGAGAGAUGUACAGUGUAGACAAGUAGAAAUUAAAACGUAUUUCAGUGUUUGUGGUUUCAUAAAUCUUGAAUAUGGCCACCUUACAAGUGAACACGAAUGUGUUACCUGCACGUAACAGGUCAGGCACCGCAACAGGGGCCAUGGAGCGCGACCUCCAUGCGAGGGACCGGGUCGGAGUGCAAGAUUUCGUCUUGCUAGAAAACUUCCAGAGCGAAGAUGCCUUCGUGGACAACCUUAGGAAACGAUUCAAGGAAAACCUCAUAUACACGUACAUCGGACAAGUGCUGGUCUCUGUCAACCCCUACAAGAACCUCAAUAUCUACACUCAGGAAGAAGUAAACCAGUACCGCAACAUACACUUCUUUGAGGCUCCACCACACAUAUUUGCAGUGUCUGACACAGCAUACAGGUCUCUGACAGAAGAAGGCAGAGGACAAUGCAUCCUCAUUUCAGGGGAAUCUGGUUCAGGAAAGACAGAAGCAUCAAAGAAAGUCCUGCAAUUCAUUGCUGCAGUAACAGGCCACAAAGCACAAGUGGAGACAGUUAAAGACAAACUUCUGCAGUCUAACCCAGUGCUGGAAGCAUUUGGCAAUGCUAAGACCAACCGCAAUGACAACUCAAGUCGCUUUGGCAAAUACAUGGACAUUUCAUUCAGUGCACUGGGUAGUCCAGUUGGAGGAAAUAUCCUGAAUUACUUGCUUGAGAAGUCGAGAGUAGUCCACCAAAACCCUAGGGAACGGAAUUUCCACAUAUUUUAUCAGCUCCUAGCAGGUGCAGAAGAUGAAAUGCUUGCCAAGCUCCAGCUGAAGAGAAAUCUGGACACAUAUUACUACUUCACUCAUGGUGUUGAAGGGAAGGUGAACACAAUUGAUGAUUGUCAGCAGUUCCAGCAAGUUAGGAAGGCUAUGGCAGUGAUUGAGUUGACAGAACAGGAGCAGGAAGACAUAUUUGCCAUUGUUGCCAGCGUGUUGCACAUGGGCAAUGUAGGCUUUACAGAGGAGGAAGGCCAAGCCCAGAUCCUUAAACCUGAGUGUGUUGAAGCUGUUUCGAAGUUAUUGGGCUGUAAGACAAGCAAGUUGGACAGAGCCUUCACACACCGAACUAUUGAUGCAAGAGGGGAUGUGGUGACUUCCCCUCUGACCAGAGAAAUGGCAAUUUAUGCACGAGAUGCACUGGCAAAAGCAGUGUAUGACAGACUGUUCACAUGGCUUGUGAUGCGACUCAACACAUCACUACAGCCCAAAGAGGGUCGGAGGAAAGAGGUUAUGGGAAUCCUAGACAUAUACGGCUUUGAGAUAUUUGAGAGAAACAGUUUUGAGCAAUUCUGCAUCAACUUCUGCAAUGAAAAACUUCAACAACUAUUCAUAGAACUGACACUCAAGUCUGAGCAGGAGGAGUAUCAAAGGGAGGGCAUUGAAUGGGAACAUGUUGAGUAUUUCAACAACAAGGUCAUCUGUGACCUGAUCGAAGAGAAACACAAAGGAAUAAUUUCCCUCAUGGACGAGGAAUGUCUUCGACCUGGUGAACCAACUGACAAGAGCUUCCUUACCAAGAUGAACGAGAAUCUGUCAAGCCACGAUCAUUAUAUUAGCCAUAGGAAGGCUGGCAAGGAACUGCAGAAAAAUAUGUCUCGUGAGGAGUUCUGUCUGAAGCAUUAUGCUGGAGAUGUUAUAUACAAUGUAGAUGGUUUCCUAGACAAGAACAAUGAUCUUCUCUUCAGGGAUCUUCGUGAAGUCAUGUCUGAGACUACAAAUUCUAUCACGAAAGAAGUGUUCCCAGUGAGUGAUGUGACAACAAAGAAGCGUCCAGAUACUGCAGCGACACAAUUCAAGAACAGUCUCAACCAGCUCAUGGAGAUCCUCAUGAACAAAGAGCCAUCCUACAUCCGAUGCAUCAAGCCAAAUGAAUUAGAUCAAUCUGGUGUGUUCAAUGACAGAAUAGUGACUCAUCAAGUUAAGUACCUGGGUCUGAUGGAAAACCUACGUGUACGACGUGCUGGGUUUGCAUAUCGACGGCCAUAUGAAAUGUUCCUGCAGCGCUACAAGUGCCUAACCCCUGCCACAUGGCCAAAUUAUCAUGGUCCAUCAAAGCAAGGAGUCCAUGAAAUAGUCUGCCACUUGGGAUUUGAAAGAGAUGAAUACAGGAUGGGAAACACAAAGAUCUUUAUCCGAUCACCAAGGACCCUUUUUGCUACUGAAGAUGCAUUCCAAGCAAAGAAGCAUGACAUAGCUACAAUUAUUCAGAAGAUUUGGAAAGGCAGACUCCAGCGUCAAGAGUAUCUAAAAAUGCGAGAGGCGGCCAUUACUAUUGAGAAAUGGUCACGGCGAUUCCUUGCACAAAAAGAGGCUGAAAGAAGAGACAAAGCUGUCCAUAUCAUCAGAAACUUCAUAAAAGGUUUCAUCACGCGAAAUGGUCAAAUCACAGAAGUGAACAAAGCAUUCGUGGAGUUGGCCAAAGCUCAGUAUCUGAUUCGCCUCUCUAAGAACCUUCCUACCUCAUUGCUGGACAAAUCCUGGCCACCUCACCCUGUAGUGUGCAGAGAGGCAUCCACACUCUUACAUCAGUUGCAUCGAAGAUGGCUCUCAAGGAAAUAUCGCUUGGCACUGAGUCCUGGGCAGAAGAGACAGUUUGAACUCAAAGUGCUUGCAGAAUCAAUUUUCAAAGAUAAGAAGAAAUCAUAUCCCCAGAGUAUAGGUCCAAGAUUUGUGGAUGACAGACUCACAGAGGAACAGAAGGCCUUACGGCAGACUUUUCAGCAAAAUCACCUCAAUGGUGACAAAAUUGUGUAUGCAACCACAGUGACAAAGUAUGAUCGUCAUGGCUACAAACCAAGGGAACGAGUACUUGUGCUUACCAACAAGCACCUGUAUGUACUGGAUGGUAAGACUUUCAAACUGAAGCACAAUCUUGGACUGGAUAUGCUCCAAGAACUGGUGGUUACCACUGAAUCAGACAACCUUCUGCUGCUCAGGAUACCUCCAGAAUACAAAAAGGAUAAGGGGGACUUAAUUCUGGAGGUGGGCCACAUAAUCGAAGCAGUCACCAAGAUUGUUGAUGUAACAAAGAAAGCACAUAAUGUAAAAAUCAUGGAAGCUGGAACUAUCUCCCACAAUCUUAUUGGUGGGAAGCAAGGAGUCAUUGAUAUCACAACAGGGACAAGUCCUGCCAUUGUUAAGGGUAAAAGUGGCCACCUCCUUGUGGUUGCUUCCCCAUAAAAAUAAGUUGAAUGAAUACUGUGCUUCUGGCAGUACCGAUGGUUUUCAAUUGACAUGCAUUUUAAGGUAUCAACUGCAGCACAAUGAACUACGUGAUUUGUGGAGUGGGGGAAGAAGUAAUAUUUAUCAAAGUUGUGGUCGGAUUCAGAACAUCAGUAUGUUCUAGCAAGGUUUAAAUUUUUAAUAUAAAAAGUUAGUAUUUAUUUCACAGAAUUGUAUUUCAUAGGCAGCAUGUUUUACAGAUUACCAUUAUUUUUGCGACAUAAGAUUGCCAGUUUUACUUUUUUUUUUUUGCACACUUCCUUGUUGAAAUGUGUUUCAUAUUUCAUUUCUAUGUCAUGUCAAGAUUAUCUAGUCCUUGCUGAAGCUCUGAGUUUUAGGCCACAGUUUGCCAUGGUAAGAUAAGUGCCAUCAUACAAGUGUAAUACACGUAGUGAGAUAAAAAUGCUUUAAUGUAAUUAAUUUCUUGUGAUUAUCAGUACUUAAUUAAAUCUGAGUUAUUGUUGCAUCACAAAUAUUUUAUUUACACAUAUAAGUAGUAGUUUGUGUGCGCGCGCGCGUGUAUAUGUGUAUAUAUGUAUGUGAACAAAUAAAAGGAUUAAUACAGAAAUAUUUACAACCUAUUUCUGGCAGAGUUGUAUGGAAAAUACUGUAAACCCCUUGAAAAUUCAUGUGCUUGUGUGUUUGAUAACUGGCAAUAUCUGUAUUUCAGGACAUUGUUGAUAAAUUUCCCCUCCAAUAAUGUUCCAUACUUACUUUGAUGAGAGUAUGUUUGGAAAUAAAGUGCACAAGCAUAGAUAUGAAGUAACAAAGGACUGGAGAAAAUUACAUAUUUAAGAACUUCACAAUUUGU